GAGUGAAAAAAGCAGAUACAAAAACAUAAUUAUUACCAGAGGCUCCUGAUGACUAUUAAGCGAAAAACGAAAAACUGUGUAAGAAACUGAACUUUAUUUACAUCAUUAUUACCUCUCAGCCAAACGGUCCUGCAAACCAACGGUUUAGUUGUUUACAAGUACAGUCAUCCAGGAUAAGCAAACAUAAGUAUCAGUUUGAUAAACUAUGCAAUACAGAUGUAAAUAAUUUGCUAAAACCAAGGCACCUUCUGCACACGCAUCUUCCCUCUGUUGACAACGGCGUCAGUUCACUAUGGAACGCCAAAUGGGUCAUAAUUCGCCAUUAACCAGGCGCCUGGUGUCCACAAAAUGCCUGGUUUUAGAGGGGUUGAUUUUAAUAUUAGAGAAAGCACAGUUUAUGACAUCUUUGUCAGAUGGAGUGCCAUAAAUUACCGCGUGUCAUAGAUGGCCAAACGGCGCAAUUAACGGCGUUUUGGAUUGCAUCAAUAAAUGCCAAUAUUUAAUGGCAGUUCUGUUGUGACAAUGCCGUAAUUUACGCCGUCUGUACAACAAAAUGCCAUAUUUUGCAUAAAAUGCUGUAAAAACAGGCAUGUUCUGUACACCAGGCCUCUGGUUAAUGGCGAAUUGUGACCCAUUUGGCGUUCCAUAGUUCACAGCCGCGCAUGCGUCAUGAGCAAGCAUUUACCUGAGGCUAUGUUUUACAGGUAAUAAUGUCGUAAAUAAUGUUCAGUUUCUUACACAGACCAAUCAUUUCACUUCAUAAGAUCUCAAUAUAUCGUUACUAAUUAAUUUACAGUUUUUGUAACCGCUUUUUUGACUCUCAAGUGACUAUAACAAUUGGGUUGCAAUUUAUGAAUCGCCAAAGAUGGGUUCAGCAAUAAAUCAUUUUUAGUGUUCUACUGAAGAUAAAAAGUCACCUACAUCUCGGAUGACACGAGGGUGAGUAAAUUAAUAGAAAUGUUUUCAUAUUUGGGUGAACUAUUCUCAUAAACUCAUAAGGGUUUCUUUGUAAUAUCAGUUGGUGAGUGUCUUUGAAUGCACUCUUGUCGGAGCAAGCUGCAAAUCUCAGAUGCUUCCCUUGACAGAGGAUUAAGGUGUCAGGAACCAAAGUUAUGUAAUUUCCUCUUGCAAUACAUAUUUGCUGCAUGAGUGGAUCAGAGUUACUGUAGGACAAGAAACUGAAAUGGCAAUUUAUAUAAUUUCUACAUAGGCGUCACUAAUAUUAACAAUAAAAAAGGAAACAAGCUUUUUCCCCUCAACUUGGCUAAUGACUUUUCCUGCUCUUUUCUUCCCUGACACAGAUGAUGCCAUCAGAGGUCUUUGUUCCUGGUUGGCUGCAGCAGCUGCUGGUCGUGCUGCUCAGGUUUGCGCUGUCCUGCACAGCCCCGGUGAACCUGACCAAUGGGACGGAGUGCAGCGCUCGAGGACCCGCCUCUUACAUCCUGGUGUUCACCGGCCACUGGAGUCCACAGACCUUCCCCAAACAGUAUCCCUUAUUCCGACCACCUGCGCAGUGGUCCAAACUCAUGGCUGUGACCCAUAAUGAGCAGUACCGGUUGUGGCGGGAGGGGGCGCCUGCAGGCGAUGGCAUGAAGAGCUUUGCUGAGCAGGGACUCACGGUGGAUCUGGUGAAGGAUGCGAAGGAGGCGAGGAAGAGGCGAGUGGUGGGGUCCAUGUACCGCACAGCCGGGAUCCCCUCAGGCAUCGGCCACAGCUCCACAGAGCUGCUCCUGACGCCCAGAACCCCGCUGCUGUCUCUGAUAGUGAAAGUGAUCCCUAGUCCUGACUGGUUUGUGGGGGUUGACAGUCUGAACCUGUGUGAGGGUGGGCAGUGGAAACAGGAAGUGACCUUCGACUUGCACCCAUUUGAUGCUGGCACAGAUAGCGGCUUCACUUUCUCCUCACCAAACUUUCCAACAACACCCCCAGAAAAUAUCACCAUGAUCACCUCUCAGAAGCCAAACCACCCGGCAAAUUCCUUCUAUUACCCUCGGCUAACCGAACUCCCGCCUCUGGCCACCAUUUGGGUGAAGAGACAGGGCAAGCACGUCCGUCAACAGAACCGAGUGUCCAAUCACAUCCUGCCUGACACAACCAAACCCAACAGAUUCUCAGAAACGCCGUUGGACUGCGAGGUGUCGAUGUGGUCGUCCUGGGGCCUGUGUCUGGGGCCGUGCUCUCGGGGCGGCCUGCGCCAUCGCACCCGUUACAUCCUGCUCAAACCCGCCAACAGCGGCACGCCGUGCCCCGAGCUGGAGGAGCAGGAAGAGUGCACGCCGCACAACUGCCUGGCGUAUCAGUGAUGCCAGUCACACCGCUGGCAUAGACACUUUGACGCUGUCCAAGCGGAGAGCCGAGUUUAACCUCAUGCCAAUGCUGAGUCACUGCCGCAGAAUGUGGGAGAGCCGCCCGGCUGGACGUCCAGUGAGCUGCAUUGGCUCCUCUCCUCGUUGGAAAAGAACGGCUCGUAUUCUGUUAAUAGAGACUUUGAUUAUGGGUGCUGUAUUUGCAGUAAUCUCAGUGUAUCUUUGCGUAAUCGCACACUAUUUUGCCAAUAUAGAUUUGUGGAAUAGAAGACUUGCAGUUGCCUGACCACUAAUUUGAACAUAACUACAUGAAUUAACAUACGCCCUUCCUCUUGAUCUCACAACAAUAGCAACCGUUUUGAGUUGGGUUUGAGUGAUUUGACACAUGGUGCGGUAGUUGGCUGUAGAGGUCAACUAGUUAGUAGUCCAUUAGUGGUAAAGUAACACUUGAAGACACCCCAGCUCCUGUCUCAUUCAGGCCUAAUUAUGUCCAAAAUGCAGAAUGCAUACAGUUUACAAUAUUAUCUUGUGAGGACUCACACAAAACUAACUGUCAUAUGUCAUUUAUCAAAUAAGGGACCGUUUAGAUGUUGCCGGUCAAGAGGUUGUAAUAAUUUUCUUUUGAAAGGGUCAAUUAUGCUUGGCAAUACAGUAAAAACACUAAUAUUGUGAAAUAUUAUUACAAUUUAAUGUGUUGUAUUUGAAUAGCCUAUAUUUUGAAAUGUGAUUUUAUUUCUAAUACAAAUAUUUUCAGCAUCAUUAGUGUCACAUGAUCCUUCAGAAAUCAUUGUAAUGUGCUGAUUUGCUGCUCAAGAAACAUUUCUUAUCAAUAUCGAAUAUUGUGCUGCUUAAUGUUUUUGAUUCUCUAGCAUUCAUUUUAAAUAGAAAUGUAUGUCUCCUAUUGUCACUUUUUAUCAGUGUAAUGCAUCCUUGCUUAAAGUAUUCAUUUUCUUUCCCCAACCUUUUCAUUAUAAUGCUUUCCACAAAAAUAUUAAGCAACACAGCUGUUUUCAGUAACGAUGCUGAAAAUUCAUCUUUUCCUGGAAUAAUUGACAUUUUAUAGGCUGAUAUUUCACAAUAUUACUGCUUUAAUUGUCUUAUUGAUUAAAUAUAAGUAUUUUGCUCUCACCAAGGAUGCAUUUAAGAACAUUUAAAAAUCAUAAUAAUUCCAGACUUUUGACCGGUAGUGUAUGCGUUUUAUUUUAUGUUUCUUCUAAUAAUAAACAAUGAAAUUCUCUAUUAAA